AUUGUUCACACCUCAUACCACAUCCCCUAUACAGGUAUAUUAAGCCAAACAUCUCCUAUUCCAUUUUUACACUGAACAUGGCCACGGCUGUUGAGCUUGCUCUUCUCAAACAACCAUAUUUCGAUUUGAAUGCUUUAUGUAAAACUGUCUUCGUGACUUAUAAAGCCGGUCCCGGCUUGAAAAAAAUUGUAACAGUGCAGGCUCAGUAUGUGGAUAUUUGCAACAAGCCCAAUGUACGUGGUACGGUAGUAUCAUUACCUGGCUCACCUGGAUCCCAUAAUGAUAUCAAGUAUAUGAGAGACUCAUUCGAAAAACACAAUAUUCGUUUAAUCUGCGUAAAUUGGCCAGGGUCUGAGUUUGUUACAGGGGGCAUGAAUGAUACCUACACGAAUGCAGAACGCAACUCUUAUGCCAAAGCAUUAAUGGAAAAGUUGGAAUUGAAAAAAGUCGAGAAAUUAAUUUUAUUGGGACAUUCAAGAGGUGGCGAAAGUGCGCUGCAACUGGCGUGUACUCUGUCUGAUGACAGAAGUUGGCCGUUGAUUGGUGCUGUGAUGCUCAAUUCUCCUGGAUUUGUAGUUCAUCGUGGAAUUUCUAUUAGAAUGGGAACAAUCAACACUGUUUCGUUUCUCGUAAAACUUCGCUGGAAAAUUGUUGACUGUAUUCUUUUUCCUGUACUUGAUUGGUUUUACAACGAUUUCGUUGGUCUCCGCGUGUCCGAUGGAAAAGUAUGUGCUGCUGCAAUGCUUCCAAUGCAGACAUUUGCAUUUGAGGAACAGAGAGCUUCAAUUGAUGAAAUGAAGAAGAAACCAUGGAUUCGAAUGUUUUAUGCAUAUGGUUCAAAAGAUUUUCUAGUCGAUGAAUCAGAUUCAGAAGAACUUGCAAUGCAUUUUGGAGGAGAUCACUAUAUAAUCCACAGCAAAAAAGAAUCGGAAGAAACGAUUCCAAAAAUCUGGAACAGUUACGAGAGAGGGCAAUCAUAUGUAACUGCAAACUUCACUGAAGAGGGCCAUUAUCUUCAUAAAACAUAUCCAGAAUUCUUAAUUCAAAUCUUCGGAGGGAUUUUCGAUGUUAAGACAGAAAAAUCAUGA